ACAGAACCAUUUCGCUGCCGAAUCAUGGCGCCUAUCGGGAAUAAGCCUACUCACAAGGGCAAGGCGGUCUUGGCAGGCGGGCUCUCGGGGGCCUUUGAAAUUUGCUGUACGUUCCCAACAGAGUAUGUCAAGACGACGCAGCAGCUGAGCCCCAGACCUGUGUCUGUAAAACAAGUAAUAUCAGAGACGAUGGCAGAGCGGGGCUUUUUCGGCUUCUACCGCGGGCUUUCCUCCAUGCUGUACUUCGCGGCACCCAAGGCAGCAAUCCGGUUCAGCUCCUUCGAGUUCUUCUCGGGCCUGCUCACUGACGCCAACGGAGGGGACAAGUACGGUCUGGGCCAAGCCAAAGGAUUCCUGGCGGGGCUUGGCGCGGGAACCAUGGAGGCAAUCUUCGUGACCACACCGCAGGAGACCAUUAAGAUCAAGUUGAUACACGACCAGUUUCGCGGCACUAAUAAGUACCAGGGAUUCUUCCACGGUGUGAGGACCAUCGUGGCGGAGGAGAAGCUCUCCGGGGUAUACCGCGGCCUCCUCCCCACCAUCUUGAAGGUCUCCACCGCGCAGGCCACGCGCUUCGGCAUCUUCAGCGUCAUCAAGGACUAUGUCAAGCUGGACACCCCCAUCAAAAGCGCGGCGGCUGGCGCCACGGCCGGGGGCAUCUCCGUGCUCGCUUUCCAGGGCAUUGACGUGGUGAAGAGCCGGAUGCAAGGCCUGGAGGCGGCCAAGUACAAGAGCACCUGGGACUGCGUGGGACAGAUCCUGAAGAACGAGGGCGUGGCCGGCUUUUAUAAGGGGGUGGGGCCGCGGUUGACGCGCGUGUGCCUGGAGGUAGGCAUCACGAUGAGCAUGUACGGGGAGAUAGUGAAGCUCCUGGAUGCGGUCUGGGACACCAACCCGCCCAAGGUGCCCAUGGCCCAGUAGGGAGAAGGAAGAAUGGAUAAAGAAAGGGAGAGAGGGAGGGGAGGUGUUUGGGAAGCCCUUCAUCCUGGAACGAUAUUUGGCGGAUAUGCUCGUUGGGCAUACCUCCCUUUCGAUCACAUCAUUCGGCCUUCAAGCGCUCGGCGAGAUUCUGGCCACUAGACCUAGGGCCGCCGCUUGUUGGAUGGGUGCAGAGGAGGGAAGGCGAUGCUCAACCCCAGACAUGAUGGUUGGCGACUAGGGGGGCAUUCUUGGAGGGGUGUGCAUUCGCGACGGAAGCAGGGCGAUUGAGUUGCGGGUGGGAUGUAGGGCGUUGGAUAGACUGAGCUCGGAAGCAGAGGACGCUAAUGAAUUUUGA